AUUAUCUUAACAUUUUUUACACCAACUUCAAACCACAAAUUUAAUUAAGGCAUCUUCUGCAUUGGUACCGUAGUACAUACUCUACGCUCAUAAGAAAUGGCUGAAACAACCAAGAAUCCUGAAACGAAGAGGGUUGCAGUUGUAACAGGAGCCAACAAAGGAAUAGGAUUUGAGAUAUCUAAACAGCUAGCUUCAAAUGGGGUCAAGGUAAUAUUAACUGCUAGAGAUGUGAAGAGGGGCACUGAAGCUGUUGAAAUACUCAAGGCUGCUGGAUACUCCGAUUUGAGUUUUCAUCAACUUGAUGUCUCGGACCCAGUUAGCAUUUCUUCUUUCGUGAAUUUCAUCAAAACCGAAUUUGGGAAGCUUGACAUAUUGGUAAACAAUGCAGGGAUUAAUGGAGCCAUAGUCGAUAAGGAAUUAUGGAACCUUGGUUUGGAUGAAUUUAUAGGUCCAAAUGCCAAACCUUUGAAGGAACUUAUAAAGCAGACUUACCAAACUACGGAGAAUUGUUUGAGAACAAACUAUUAUGGGACCAAGCAAGUGAGCGAAGAACUUAUUCCGCUUCUUCAAUUAUCCAAUUCAGCAAGAAUAGUAAACAUCUCCUCCAGUUUGGGGCAGCUAAAGUUUAUUUCAAAUGAAAAUGCUAGGAAGAAGUUAGAAGAUGUAGAUGGUCUCACAGAAGAGAGAGUGGACGAGGUGGUUGAAGGGUUCUUAGAAGAUGUGAAGGAGAAUUCCAUAGAAGUCAAAGGCUGGCCUAUCAAUUUUUCAGCUUAUUUGGUCUCCAAGGCAGCUCUGAAUGCUUACACAAGGGUACUAGCUAAGAAGAAUCCCAAUAUUGCUAUUAACUCAGUUGGUCCUGGCUAUACGAAAACGGAUUUGAACGACAAAACUGGGGUUUUCACUAUUGCAGAAGCUGCAAAAGGUCCUGUGAUGCUUGCUUUGAUGCCUGAAGGUGGUCCUUCCGGCCUCUUCUUUGAUCAAACAGAAGUGUCAACCUUUUGACUCGAAAAUAUUAUGCAAUAGCAACAAUUAAUCAAUACAAUAUGUUACGUUUGUGUAAUAAUGUGUGCGUGGCAGGCAGACAGUGAUCAAUAAUGCUAAAAAAGAUGCUCUUCUUUUUUAUUUCUUUUUUUGGUGGUUACAAGUAUGUAAGCUAAAAUCUAUUUACUUUCUUUUGAACUUAUUCUCAAUAAAAAUAAAAUUCUCACAAAA